AUGUCUCCACUGACACCUACUCCGCUGACAUCCCUUCGGGUGUCUAAAUAUCACAUUCCAGCAUUUCACAAUUUCCCUAACACAUCUCUCCGACCUUAUCCAUUCAUGAUCUACCAUUCUGCGUAUCCAUCAUCACUCUCCGCCAGCUCAGUAGAGAAACAUCUGUCUUCAGUGGGUAUAGUGGAUCCAGCUUGGCGAUUCCCAAUGUAUCGUCAACAUCACUAUCAUUCCACAGUGGAUGAGGUUUUGGUCGUCGUAUCCGGAUCUGGUACUCUAUGCUUUGGUGGAUCCACUUCAAAUCCCAACAAAGUUCAAAUUGAUGUGGGAAAAGGAGACGUUAUGAUCGUACCUGCUGGAGUGGGUCACGCAAUGGUAGAAGAUAAAGGAUCUUUUCAGAUGGUGGGAAGUUAUCCCAAAGGAAGUGAGAACUGGGAUAUGUGCACUGGUCAAGAUCAUGAAAAGGAUACAACGUGGGAAACGAUCAGGAUGCUGGGAUGGUUCAAAGGAGAUCCAGUAUAUGGAGAUGAAGGCCCUUCAGUGGAUGCUGGGAAAGAUACAUAG